AUGAAUACAAGCACGUACCCAUAUUUUAAAUCAAGCGUGAAGAACCAUUUACCCUGGAUAGCUUUCCAUGCAGAAGUGUUGAAAGGUAUGUCUUUGGAAGGUGCGAAGUGGAUGCAAGUCAAGGACAUUUCUCAGAUAUCUGGGAAAUUUUCCAGUACUUAUCAGCAAAUGGAACUUCAUAAAAUAGGUGACCUCUCCAUGCUCAUAAUUUCUUUGGUCCCGAGGCAGGUUAUUAAAGCUAAAGGCAAUGAGACCUUUUCUUCGCUUCUCUUUGUGGACGCCGGGAUCAAUUGUGAAAUUCUUGGCGAUGCCUUGCAUUCCUUAGAUCCAGGUCCUUAUGGUUCACUUCAAAAUAUCCUCUGCAGAUGUACUUUUACUGUGGCCGCAUUUUUGGUAAGUGAUGCGGGUAGCGAUCAUGCUUUAAGAUUGCUUAAUACACAGGUCAAACUAUGUAACAUUAAGGGCUCCAAUACACACAUGGAACGUACAAAAUCACUGUUAAAAUACUCACCAGAAGAGUUGACUGACACUGAGAGUCAAAACACACAUAAAAAUAUGAAUAUCCUUACCAUGAAGCCACUCACUCAUCCCAAGAAAUUAUAG